AAAAAAAAAAAAAAUGAUCUUGGACAUCCAGUCAGUUUUCAAGUAUCAGAUUAGCUCCCUCACUCUCCUCCAGAGGGUGCCAACUCACCCUCCUUUCUCAUCUCCCUUUGGCUCCACCCACCCUGCUGACUCAGUGACCAGAGCCCAGGAGGAAACGCUUUUCUGCUCAGAAGAGCCUUUAAGGAUUCGUCGCUGUCCCAGGAAUAGUGGAAGGGGUCUCAGAGUUUGGAAGUUUGUCUUUUGUCUCCAGGUGGAAUUUUCCGUCAGGUAUCUUCAAGAGCUUCAUCCCUCCUCACACUGCCAGUCUUCAGCAAGAUAAUCCCUACUUACCCUGAACGGAGUUUCUAAGUUCUCCAUGCCUCUUUCAUCAAGUCCAAAGAAAGUAUAUUUUCAUUUUCUCAAAGAAAAGGCAAAAGGUUGCAGCCAGUGGCCUUUACCGUCAUGGAGAGCAAGAGUCAUCCAAACACCCCCCAGGAGAGAUGCCCGCCCGCCAGCAGUGGGGGGGCUGCCAUGGAAGACAAUCAUCGGCUGAUCACAGCUAGUGGAAACGGAGAUGUGGAGACGGUCCAGCAGUUGCUGGAAAGAGGGGCUGAUGUCAAUUUCCAGAAGGAAUGGGGCUGGACGCCCUUGCAUAACGCGGUUCAGAGUUGCAGGGAGGACAUUGUGCAUAUUCUGCUUCGUCAUGGUGCCGACCCUCUUUUGAAGAAGCACAAUGGGGCCACUCCCUUCAUCCUUGCUGGGAUUGUAGGAGAUGUCAAUCUGCUACGACUCUUCCUUUCUAAAGGAUCAGAAGUCGAUGAGUGUGAUUCGAAUGGCUUCACAGCUUUCAUGGAAGCUGCUGCCUAUGGUAAGAUAGACGCCUUAAGAUUCCUGCAUGAGAGCGGAGCAGAUGUGAAUUUGAGUCGAAAGACAAAGGAGGAUCAAAAAAAGCUUGGGAAAGGAGGGGCCACUGCUCUCAUGGAUGCUGCCGAAGAAGGCCAGGUAGAAGUCUUGAGGAUCCUCCUUGAUGAGAUGGGGGCAGAUGUUAACGCCCGGGACAAUAUGGGCAGAAAUGCCUUGAUCCAUGCACUUCAGAGCUGUCGGGACGGGAAGGUGAAGCCCAACACUGUUGAGACCAUCAUUCGCCUUCUGCUGGACCGUGGAGCAGAUGUUAGAGUGAGGGGAGAAGGCAAGAAAACGCCCCUGAUCUUGGCAGUGGAAAUGAAGGAGCUGGGUUUGGUGCAGAUGCUCCUGAAGCAAGAACAUACAGAAAUUAAUGACACAGACAGGGAGGGCAAGACAGCUCUGCUGUUUGCAGUCCAACUGGGACUGGAGGAAAUGACCCGUUUGCUGUGCAGCCACGGAGCAAGCCUGGACUGUGGGGAUCUUGUUAUGAUAGCGAAGCGAAAUUACAACAGUCGCCUGACACGCUUUCUUCUGGGUGAAGGAGCCAGAGAAGAUUUUCGCCCUCCUACUGAGGACUGGGAGCCUCAGAGUUCACGCUGGGGGGUGGCCCUGAAACAACUCCACAGGAUAUACCGCGAUAUGAUUGGCAAACUCAAGAUCUUUAUUAUAGAAGAAUAUAAAAUUGCUGGCACUUCUGAAGGGGGCGUCUACCUGGGACUCUAUGACGGCCGAGAGGCGGCUGUGAAGCGAUUCCGCAAAGACAGCGAACAGGCACAGAGGGAACUCUCCUGCCUGCCGCUUAGCCGGGGGACCAGUUGCUUGGUGACAUUCUAUGAGACCGAGAGCCAAAAGGACUGUUUGUAUGUGUGCCUCGCCCUCUAUGAAGGUACUCUGCAGGAGCACUUUGCCAAGAACAGAGGGGACGAAGCUGCGGGAAAGGAGGGAGGUGAAAAGGAGGAAGAUGAGUUUGCCCGGAAUGCCCUGUUAUCUAUAUUUAAGGCUCUUCAACAACUACACCUGAGUGGUUACACUCACCAGGAUCUGCACCCACAAAACAUCUUAAUAGAUUCUAAGAAUGCUGUUCGCCUGGCAGAUUUUGAUAAGAGCACCAAGUGGGCUGGAGAUCCACAGAAAAUCAAGACAGAUCUACAGGCGCUUGGACGGCUGGUCCUAUAUGUGGUAGAGAAGGGAGGCAUCCCUUUUGAGAAGCUGGAGGCUCUAGAGAAUGAAAAGGUAUUUGAACAUUCUCCAGAUGAAGAAACUAGAGAUCUCAUUCGUCGCCUGUUUUGCCCUGAGGAAAACUUGCAGACAAUACUGAGUAACCUGCAGGGUCACCCCUUCUUUUGGAGUUGGGAGAGCCGCUAUAGGACCCUUCGAGACGUGGGAAAUGAAUCUGACAUCAAACUACGAAAAACUAAAAGUGUCAUCCUCCAAAUAUUGAAACCGAGGACAUCUGAACAUUCCCUAAGUUUUGCCAUGUGGACUUCUAAGAUUGACCAAACUGUUAUGACAAAAAUGAACGAGUUCUAUAAAAACAGAAGAAAUUACUACUACCGGGACACUGUGGGUGAUCUGCUGAGGUUCAUCCGGAAUCUGGGAGAACAUAUUAAUGAAGAAAAGAAUAAAGACAUGAAGUUGAAAAUCGGAGAUCCUUCCUGGUAUUUUCAGAAGAUGUUUCCAGAUCUGGUGGUCUAUGUCUACACGAAGCUACAGGACACAGAAUACAAUAAGCAUUUCCCCAAAACCCAGGAUCCUCAUAAGCCUCAGUGUGAUGGAAGUAGUGAUGGCGGACAAGCUAGGGGCCCUGAGUGCUGACUGAGCCUUCCCUGAGUUCAUGGACAAGGCACUUAUCAGCUGUGUAAUCCUUGGCAAGCCCCAAUUCUCUGGGCCUCUGCUCUGUAACCAGGUUGGUGCUUGUGAGGCAUGGGUUGCAUAGCUCAUUGUUAGUUCCUGGCACAGUGGCACCUGGCAUUCCACACGUGUUCAUAACCCAAACAGUUUAUACCCAAACCUCCCUAGCUAGCUUCAGCAGGUAAAGCUUAAGAGUGAACCGCCCAGGCCCUUUGUGUUGUAGGUUUCAUGUAAAUUAUCUCCUGUAAUCCUCCCAGCCUCCCUGCAAAAUAGGGUUUUGUGUCCCCCUUUAAGAACCAAGGAAACAGAGAGUUUAAGAUACUUGACCAAGAUCAUAUAAUGUUUAUAGAGCAGUGGAUAAAUGGUUGUGGUACUAUUGCUGUGGUGUGCCCAUGAGCUAAAAUACCAGUCCUGAACUCUUCUGGGUGAGACCCAAAAGGAAUAUGUCAAAGGAGCUCCAGAGAGCUCAUUCGUUCACUCAGUAUUUAUUGAGCGCCUAUUCCAAUGAUCUGAACACUAAUUGUAUGGAUUCCAGUCCUUCUAGAACCACCUGCACUGAUUUUCCAUGACCUUAAGGUAGUAGUUUCAACUGGGGGGAAUUUUGCCCCCCAGGGCCAUUGACGAUGUCUGGAGACAUGUUUGGUUGUUACAACUGGGGCAGGGAUGCUACUGGAACCUUGUGAGUAGAGGUUGGGACGCUGUUAAACAGUAUAUGAUGCACACAACAGCUCCCUGUGACAAAGAAUUAUCUGGCCCCAAAUGUCAGUAGAACUGAGGUCGAGAAAUUCUGCCUUAAAGGGGCGGGAAGCUUUUGACCUGGCUGGUGCCUAGGACCAUAGCGUGUGUGGACCACUCCCAGAACGAUUGGGGUUUGAUUUGCUGUUGGAUUUGUACUGAAACAGUUCCAGUGUUACCCCCUCAGGAAGUCUUCCGACCACCCUCACAGCCCCAUCACAGUCUGAGAACUCCUCCUAGGCUCCCUGGCACCCAGAGCCACAGAAAAGCCUGCAUCUCUCCACCUUGUGGUUUUGUUGUCCCCACUGGAGUCUAAGCUCCUUAGGGUCAAUGACUACCUUUUUUUUGAAUUUGUACCUUAACCACCUAGUGAAGUGUCUGUCACAUGACAAUACUUAAUAAUGUUCAUUGAAUGAUGGAUGAGUCAUCUUUGUACAGAAAUCAUAACAUGCCUUACAUUUUUAUGGUGCUCUGUAUUUCAUAAGGAAACCCUAGUGGCGUAGUGGUUAAGAUCCAAAAAGGUCUGCAGCUCGAAUCCACCGGGUACUCCUUGGAAACCCUAUGGGGCAGUUCUACUCUGUCCUAUAGGGCCACUAUGAGUUGGAAUGGACUCGAUGGCAACAGGUUUUUUUUUUAUUAUUUAUAGACUAAAUUGGCAUUUUUUAAAAAUUAAUUUUUAUUGUGCUUUGAGUGAAAGUUUACAAAUCAGGUCAGUCUCUCAUACAAAAAUUUACGUAAACCUUGCCAUACACUCCUAAUUGCUCUCCCUCUAAUGAGACAGCACAGUUCUUCCCUCCACUCUCUCUCCUCGUGUCCAUUCGGGUAGCUUCUGGCCCCCUCUGGCCUCUCAUCCCCCCUCCAGACAGAAGAUGCCGACAUAGUCUCAUGAGUCCACUUGAUCCGAGACGCACAUUCUUUGCCAGUGUCAUUUUCCAUCUGCUAUUCCAGUCUAAUCCCCGUCUGAAGAGUUAGCUUUGGGAAUGGUUCCUGUCUUGGGCUAACAGAAAGUCUGGGGACCAUGGCCUCUGAGGUCCCUCCAGUCCCAGUCUGACCGUUAACCCUGGUUUUCUAAUGAGAAUUUGGGGUCUGCAUCCCACUGCUCUCCUGCUCCCUCAGGGUUUGUGUGUUGAGUUCCCUGUCAGGGCAGUCAUCGCUUGUGGCCGGGCACCAUCCAGUUCUUCUGGUCUCAGGCUGAUGUAGUCUCAGGUUUAUGUGGUCCUUUCUGUCUCUUAAGUUCAUAAUUACCUUGUGUCUUUGGUGUUCUUCAUUCUUCCUUGCUCCAGGUGGGUUGAGACCAAUUGAUGCAUCUUAGAUGGCCACUUGCUAGCAGUUCAGACCCCAGAUGUAAAUCAGCAUAUUUUAUCUCUUUUAGUUUUUGGAAGAAUCCUGUAAGGUAAAUGUUGUUAUCCUCAUUAAGGUUAAAAAUAUGUUGAUUUACUCUGUGACAUAUAGCUAGGAAGUGCCAUUGUCUUGAUUUGAACCAAUUUUCUGGCACUAAGUCUGAUAUUUUUUCCACUUGUCUUCAUGGUAGUACUGAAGAUAGAGCUUUGUAAUAGAGAACCUAGGAAUACACUAUAUCUUAGGUUCUUUCUGAAAAGGAAGUGGUCCAUUAAUGGAUAAAUGGGUGUCACUGAAUGAAGAUAAGAAGUUCUGGAAGAAACAAACUUAGGGCUUUUCUCAAAGAUUUUAUGAGCUGCAAGAUUGCUUUAGGCUUUAAAACAAAGCUUUGGUUUCCUGAUUUGUACUGAGUACCUGGUAUGUAAUCAAAAUGCCCAUUUGUGAAGUUUAUUCAAUAAAACUCUGAAUCACCUUAUUAAGCCUGAUUUUUCUCUGAGUGAAAUUUCCACUUUGGAGAGUAGUGGUAUCUUGGAGAAGUUUUAAGAAAGGGCAACCUGCUCUUUAAUAACGGGAAAUGGAGCAGAUUUUCAGAACCACAAUUAUUCUUGAACAAUGUGGCCCCUGGGUGUCCUUGCAGAGAGAGAAGGAAGGAACUGAUGAUUUUACCCUCUGCUUUAAUUCUCUAAGGGUCUCUUGUCACACACUAGAUAUUUCUUACUCAGUUAUCAUUACCACAAACAUAGUUACACAGACAAGAGCGGAGGUUGGUAAACAAGCAACCAGUGAGAUGACGAUGGUAAAAAGAAAUAAAAGCCAUCUGACCACUAAUGAUUUGUUAACUUUGACAUACUGUUACUUCAUUGAAUAGAUUUUGCUUGUAAAACAAAUAAUAAAGUAAUAAAGUAACCACCUAUGGAGAAUCUACAGCGUCCCAGUGACUAAUGCUUAUACAUAUGACAUCUACCAAUAUCCAUGAUAAUUUUAUAAAAGGCUACUAAAGCUAGAAAGGAUUUGUAAGUUGCCCAAGUUCAUACAGGUAGUAAGCGGAAGAGCCAAGAUGUAAACCCAGGUCUGUGAGUCCAUAGGGUGCGGGGUCCUUCUGAAGUGACACAGACGACAAGCUCAGGCAGGCUGGACUGAUCACUGUGUGAUCAGUCCUUCAUCGGUUUUUCUCCAGUGCAACCUAGAAGGUCAAGGUUACUGAUGACCUUCAUAGCGCCAAAUCCAAUGGUUACUUCUCUGUCUUAGUCAACCUCACUGCAGUAUUUGGUUCAGCUGACUAUUCUCUUGCUGUUGAAAUACUGCCUUCUUUGGUUUCCUCAACAACAUGCUCACCUGGUUUUCAUCUUCACUAGUUGCUCCACCUCAAUGUUUUUUGCUGAUUUUUUCUGUGUUGGAGCGCUAGCAUAGCGGUUAAGAGAUUGGCUGCUUAAUCAUAAAGGUUGGCAGUUCAGAUCCACGAGAUGCUCCUUGUAAAGCAUAGGGGGACAGUUCUACACUGUCCUAUAGGGUCACUAUGAGGGAACUGUUUGUUGUUUUUUUUUUUUGAUUCUGUGCUCAACCUCUUCACAUGGAGUGCCCACCAGUGGCGGGUCUAGGGUAUUGCAGCAGCCCUAGGCACGUGGCGCCACCGAGCUGUUUCUAUUAACCCAGAAAGGCUCUAUGUCCUACCUCAAGCACGGUAAUGUGUUAGUCAAAAGAUUAACGAGCGCGACUUGUAUUUUUGAGCUGAUAUUACGGUAAAGUUAUCUAAAAGAGGGGUGCCCGAUGUUUGGACAGGGGCGCAAUUUCAGUGUUUGCCACAGACGCCAUUUUCCACAGAUACACCGCCUGCCAAACCGGUUUAAUAGAAACUGCUCAGUGGCGCCGUGUGCCCGGGGCUGGUACAAUAGCUGCCAUACUCUAGUUCAGCAUCUGUUGUGCCCUAGACUUAAUCUUUAAGCAAUUCUCUUUUUUCCUUUUCUCCCUAGAUAAUCUCUUUGAAUAGUAUGAGAAGUAUUAUCAUAAAUAGGCAGAUGGUAUCCAGGUUUUGAAAUUUAGCUUCUUCCUCUUGAUGUUACAGUCACCCACCUAUUUGCCUCUAAACUGUUUUGUUUGGUUCUUUUUUUUUUUUCUGCUACCUGCAUCCAAUCUAUUAGCAAGUCCAGUUGAUUCUAUCACAAAAAUAGAUACCAAAUCUGUUAACAACCCUUUAUCUUCACAGCUUGGUUCAAGCCACCAUCAUUUCUCAUUUGGUUUGAAACAAAAGCCUUACAGUUGAUCUUCCUGCUUCCAUAUUUGUCCCCUAUAAUACAUUCUCCACAAAGAGAUCUUUAAAAAAUGCAAAUCAGAUUAGGUCACUUCCCUGCUUAAAAUCUUCCAAUGGCUUUCCAUUACAGAACCUAAUAACCAAUAUAUAUAUAAAACUUUGACAACUUAACAACAACAAAAAAACCCAAUCAUAAAAUGGGCAAAGGACUGGAAUAGAGAUUUCAUUGAAGAGGACAUUCAAAUGGUCACCAAACACAUGAAAAGAUACUUAGCAUCGUUAGCCAUCAGAGAGAUGCAAAUCAAAACCACAAUUAGAUAACAUUUCAGUUCCACUAGGAUGGCUAAGAUAAGCAGACAAACAAACAAACCCAGAAAACAACAAAACAACAAACGUUGGGGAAAUUGAAACUCCUGCUCAUUGCUGGUGGGAAUGCAAAAUGUCAUAGCCAUCGUGGAAAACAGUGUGACAGUUCAAAAAUAAAACUACCAUAACCAAAAACCAAAAACCAAACCCAGUGCCGUCGCGUCAAUUCCAACUCAUAGUGACCCUAUAGGACAGAGUAGAACUGCCCCAUAGAGUUUCCAAAGAAUGCCUGGUGGAUUCGAACUGCCGACCCUUUUGUUAGCAGCCGUAGCGCUUAACCAGUACGCCACCAGGGUUUCCAGAACUACCAUAUUACCCAGAAAUUCCACUGCUAGGUGUAUAUCCAAAAGCUUUGAAAGGAGAGGGUCAGAGACUUGUACAGUAAUGUUCACUGCAACACUAUUCAAAAUAGCCAAUGUGUGCAAACAACUUAAAUGUCCAUCAACAGUUGAAUGAAUAAACAAAAUGUGGUACAUAUGUGCAAUGGAAUACUACUCAGCCAGUAGGAGAAAUGAAACCUGGAUACACGCAACGAUAUGGAUGGAGUGGAAGACAUUAUGCUAAAAGAAAUAAAUCAGUCACAAAAGGACAAAUAUGGUAUGACCUUACUUAUAUAAAGAGACAAGAAAAGACAAAUGUGCAGAGAACAAAGUUUAUUAGUGGUUAUCGGGGGGAGGGAAGGAAGGGGACGGGGGACUUAACGGUAAUGGAAAUAUCAUGGUGAUUAAGGGUAGGGUUGUACAACCAAUUAUUGUAAUUGCUGUCAAUAAGUUGUACACCUGUAAAAAGUAGAGUUGGCAAAAGUUUUGUGAUAUAUUUCCAACAACGACAGAAAAAAAAAAAAAAGAAAGAAAGAAAGAGUAGCUGCUGAGGCUGAUUGUGUAAAACCAAACACCUCACAGGAUUUGAUUCCUUGGUUUGGAGGUUUAGAGUCAUGAUUUCAUGGAAAAUCCCAGUUAAUUGGCCUAAUAACCUUUUUAGUACCUCUAUUCUACAUCCUAGUUUGAUGUGUAGUGCCUGCGAUCUUAAAAAGCUUGCAAGCAGCCACCCAAGGCAGAGCAAUUGGUCUCUAUUUGCCUGGAACAAUAGAGGAAGAAGGAGAGUCAGGAAUAGGAGGAGAAUAUAGACUGUGUGGCUAAUUGCCUCCAUGAACAACUGCCUCCUUUGCUAUGAGACCAGAAGAACUGGAUGGAACCUGGCUACCAUUACUGAACAUUUUGAUCAAAGAUUCCAUAGAUGAAUCCUGAUCAAAAGGGGGAAAAUGCAGAACAGAAUUUAAAAUUCUCAUGGACUCCAGACUUCCUGAAGCCAUGAAGAUUGGAUGAACCCCUGAAACUAUAGCCCUGAGAUAAUCUUUAAACCUUAAACCAAAAUUAUGCCUUGAAGUCUUCUUAAAACCAAACACUAGUUGAGCUUAACUAGUAAAAACAAGUCUUCCUUGAAUAUUAUGCUCUUUUAAGAACUAUCUAUAUAGGAUCAAAUUGAUAACAGCAAUUCUAAAGAUUAGGUAGGAACCUUAGAGGGCCGUGAAUUUAUGUUAAUGAGGAAAGAACAACUCAGAAAAGGCGGGUGAGACUGGUUACACAACUCAAAGAAUGUAAUCAGUGUCACUAAAUGGUACGUAUAAAAGCUGUUGACCUGGUGUAUGUUUUGCUGUAUAUUCUAAGCAACAACAAAAUAAAUAAAAUUAUUUUUAAAAAAUGAG